AUGGAUUCGUCAACAGAGGCAUUCAUCGAAUUGGCCAAAGCUAGAAGGUCUGUUUAUGCUCUUACCAACGCCAGCACAGUUCCGGAUUCCCGGCUUGAGAAACUUGUCCACGAUGCAAUCCUGCAUGUACCCAGCUCCUUCAACACCCAAACGACCCGUCUAGUCCUUCUUCUCCGCGACGAGAACCAGCGAUUCUGGGAUGUCGUUGAAGACGUGUACGAGUCAAUGGUGGCCAACAGCACUUUUCCCGAGGACAAGUGGAAGGCGGGUACAAAGCCGAAACUGGAUAAGAUGAGAGCAGGCUAUGGCACUAUUCUUUUCUACGAGGACCCUACGGUGAUUCCGGGAAUGUGUGAGAAAUUCCCCCAGUAUAAGGAACAAUUCCCCAUCUGGGCCCAUCAUAGCAAUGCAAUGCAUCAGUACUUUCUUUGGACCACACUUGAAUCCCUCGGAUUGGGUGCGAGCUUGCAGCAUUAUAAUCCAAUUAUCGAUGCAAAGGUUACAGAGGUGUUCUCGCUCCCACCUGAGUGGAUAUUAGUUGCACAGAUGCCGUUUGGUGUUCCUACUGCAUCGCCGACUGAGAAGACUUUUGACCCUAUUGAACCAAGGGUCCGGGUAUUCGGGAAGGAGAAGGAGAAUUAG